CACGUGCUCUUUGUCACUCAACAUGUAAGUAUCGACGGUUAACAGUGCACACCUUGAUUUGCUAUUCCUUCGUUCAACAAUGGCCGACUCUGCGGAGACCUCGCCGGAAGUGAUGCUCCAGUUCUACCGCAUGCUGUACCCUUUCAAAUCCAUCUUCACAUGGCUCAACCAGGAACACACGCCAAAGGAUUUAUUUACAAACCGCGAAUUCGCAUUUACUCUCCAGGGAGACGUGUAUCUACGUUAUAACUGCUUUUCGAACGCAGAAGAACUCAAAAAGCAGGUGUGCGCACUCAAUCCAACGCGCUUCGAGAUCGGACCCAUGUACUCAUCUCGGCCAAGCGAACGGAAAUUGGCACGGUCUGUAAAGUCGGGGAAGCUCUUCACCCCAUUGAAGCGCGAGCUGGUGUUUGAUAUCGAUAUGACUGAUUAUGAUGGCGUGCGCACAUGCUGCACCUCAGCAGGAAUAUGCAAGCGCUGCUGGGCAUUCAUCGCCAACGCUGUACGCGUCCUUGACUCGGCCUUGCGCACACAAUUUGGAUAUCAUCAAUUGUUAUGGGUAUACUCGGGCCGUCGUGGUAUCCAUUUGUGGGUCAGCGACGACGAGGCCAUGGGGCUUACCGACGAACUACGUAGAGCUGUGGUUGGGGCGCUCACUGUGAUCGAAGGAGGUAAGGAGAUGGCGAAGAAGGUGAAUGUAAGAGGCAUGAGCACGAAGAGCCACCCAGGAGAUCUGCCACCUUCUCUGUGGCAUGCGCGCGAUGAAGGGAGUAGGAUAUGGUAUCCCUUGUUGGAUGACCAAGAAUGCUUCCUAUCCGAGGACGGCUGGCGAACGCUGCUUAAACUGGUUCCGGACAAGAAAAUUGUCGAGACCCUUGAGAAGCGGUGGGAGAAUCAGCCCGGUAUCGAAUCGUCGAAGAAAUGGGACGAGCUGAAGGCUGAGGUGAAGGGUACGGGUGCCCGAAAUCUGGCCGCUCUGGAAGACAUUAUUCUGCAAUAUACAUAUCCACGCCUAGAUGCCGAAGUAUCCAAGCACCGAAACCAUCUUCUCAAAGCGCCAUUCUGUGUGCAUCCUAAAACCGGCCGAGUUUGCGUCCCCGUUGACCCGAACCGCGUGGAAAAUUUCGACCCCAAUGCAGUUCCCACAGUUAUGCAGCUUCUUCAAGAACUCGACAAGGCAGGCGAGGGUGCAAACUGGGAACAUACAAGUCUCAAGCCAUACGUCGACAUGCUAGACAGACACGUUGCGGGGAUUCUGGAUGAUGUCCGGAGGAGAGAACGGGCAAGAGCUGUGCUUCAACACGAUCUCAACUGGUGAUGGAAGGUUUCAUUUUUAUCUUAUUUUACGGCAUCGUAAAAUUGUAAACAAUAUUACCCUGUUGUAUUCUAUUACGCCUCCUGUUCUUUUCGUCAUC